AAGCUCAAAGUUCAUUCAGAGAAAACAAAACUGAUCUCCUCUCUCUCUCUUUGCCUCAGUGUUUUUUUUUUUUUUUUUGCAGGAAAAUGACUGAAGCCAGUAUUUCAUUAGAUCAGGACCAGUUCAAGUGUCCAGUGUGUCUGGAUCUCCUGAAGGAUCCGGUGGCUAUCCCCUGUGGUCACAGUUUCUGUAAGGUGUGUAUUAAUGGCUUCUGGGAUCAGGAGGAUCAGAAGGGCGUCUACAGCUGUCCUCAGUGCAGAGACACUUUCACUCCAAGGCCUGUUCUACGCAGAAACAACAUGCUGGCUGAAGUGAUGGAGAAACUGAAAAAGAAUGAACUCCAAGCUGCUUCUCCUGCCCAUUGUUACGCUGGACCUGGAGAUGUGGAAUGUGAUUUCUGCACCGAGAGAAAACACAAAGCAGUCAAGUCCUGUCUGAUGUGUGUGGCUUCCUUUUGUGAAACUCAUCUUGAUCCUCACUAUCAGUCUCCUGCUUUUAAGAAACACACAUUAAUCGAAGCCUCAGCAAAACUACAAGAGAAGAUCUGCUCUCAACAUAACAAGCUGAUCGAGAUCUAUUGUCGUACUGAUCAAACCUGCAUCUGUUAUUUGUGUACGAUGGAUAAUCAUAAAGGACACGACACCGUCACAGCCACAGCAGAAAGAGCUGAGAAACAGAGUCAGCUAAAGGAGGAGCAGAUGAAAUCCCAGCAGAGAAUCCAGGAGAAGCAGAAGAAGGUGCAAGAGCUGAAACAGGCUGUGAACACUAUAAAGCUCAGUGCACAGACAGCAGUGGAGGACAGUGAGAGGAUCUUUACUGAGCUGAUCAGCUCCAUGGAGAAAAAGCGCUCGGAGGUGACGGAGCUGAUCAGAGCUCAGGAGAAGGCUGAACUGAGUCGAGCUGAACGACUCCUGGAGCAAGUGGAGCAGGAGAUUGCUGAUCUUCAGAGGAGAGUGACUGAGCUGGAGCAGCUUUCACACACACACGAUCACAUCCAUUUCCUCCAGUCUUUAGCUUCUGGAUAUCGGUCUCCCACAAUGGACAGACCAACUUUUCACAUGACCAGCAUCACUGUCCCUCACCAUCUCUCAUUUGAUGGAGUGAAGAAUUCUCUCUUAGAUCUAAAAAAGAGACUCGAGGAAUUCUGUGAGGAGGAAUUCAACAAAAUCCCUCCACAUGCUGCAGCAGUUCAUAUCAUUUCACCAUCAGAGCCACAGAGCAGAGAAGAUUUUAUGAAAUAUUUCUGUUAUCUGACUCUGGAUCCCAACACGGCACAUCGUAACCUCAUUCUGUCUGAGAAGAACAGAGCAGUGACACUCAGUAAGAGUGAACAGUCAUACUCUGAUCAUCCUGAGAGAUUUGACUCCUGCUUUCAGGUGUUGACUAAGGAGAGUGUGUGUGGACGCUGUUACUGGGAGGUGGAGUGGUACCGUGAUGAUGUGUACAUAUCGGUCUCAUAUAAGGGGAUCAGCAGGAAAGGACAGGGUAAAGAGUGUGAGUUUGGACGCAACGAUCAGUCCUGGAGUCUGGAGUCUCCCUCUACGUCUUCUCUCUCCUUCUAUCACAACAGCAUUGAGACUGAGCUCGGAGUUCCAUCAUCCCCCAGAAUAGGAGUGUAUGUGGAUCACAGUGCAGGAACUCUGUCCUUCUACAGCGUCUCUGAUACGAUGAAGCUCCUCCACAGAGUCUACACCACAUUCACUCAGCCUCUCUAUGCUGGAUUUAGGCCCUACAGGGGGUUUGGUUCUACUGUGAGAUUGUGUGACCCAAAAUAAUGUGUGUGGUGUUUAAUGAAAAAUUCCCGCACGUUGCCAAAUUGUUGUCAUCUGUCUCACUAGCACACAAUCCAUCUGCACAAAAAACAGCUCAGUAAUUUAACAUGGCAACAAUAAAAGAGCAAAUAUUAAAAAACCGUCAAACAUGAAACUAGUAAAAAAAAUUUUUAAAUGAUCAAAUUAUAUCUUGUGAUCUUACUAUUACAAGGUUCUAUCUAUCUGUUUCUUAUAUAUAUAUAUUAUAUUAAGCAAUCUCUUAAUCUUAUUAAAUAGUUAAUAAUCAGUAAUGAAGUCAGCAUUAUGAUUAUAUAUACUCUUUUUGUAGAUAACGAUGAUAAAUAUAUCUCUGCUAACUGUUUUACACUAUGACACACAAAAUAUACAGAAAAAAAGGAAAAGAAGUUUUCUUUAACGCUGCUGUGGGGAAAUCAAACUGUUUAAGAUGUUACAUAAAAGAGG